AUGAAUGAAACGGAUAUUAUCGCGCACUUGUACCCAUUUGCAAACAUUGGAGAGAGGACUGCCAAAGCCAUCAAAGCAAGCUCGCGCUAUGUGCCUCCGUUGAUUGAAUUCACAGAGCGCCACUAUGACCGUCAUGAGCGAGAGUCAACGGAGCCAUCGGCGAACCCCGACGCAUCGGCUUACGACUACCUGCCACGGCUCGAGCUGAGAUUCAGCGAUAUUCCAAGAACCAGUCGCGGACUGGUAGUCGGCUCAGAUCCAGAUUGUGAUGUUGUUUUACCCUACCGCGGAAUCAGUGGUCGCCAUUUCUGUUUAACAUUCGACAGCGCAGGCCGUCUCAUCGUGAAGGACUUGGGGUCUCUUAUGGGCACCGAGGUCACCUAUGAUGAAGAAGGGCACGGCAAAAGGAGCAAUUUUUGCUGGAUUGUCGGCGGUCACAAAAUCCCAAGGGGAAUAUAUCUCAAGAAGAAGCUAGGACAGGGGACUUUUGGCUCAGUCACCCACCUCUGGAACGUGAGCACUGGACGCGAAUUCGCACUCAAAGAGCCUACUAUCGUUGUCGCACGUCGACAGCAAGUCCGCCAGGAGUGGAAGCAGGAAGCACGUAUCAUGGGACAAAUUUCACACAGGCAUAUCGUUGCUCUACUUGACGCGUCUUUCAACCCGUCUCCCCAGCUAUUCCUUGAGUAUGUGCCGGGCGGCUCGCUAGCCGGUCAAGCAGAUUUGUCCUACAACGAGAUUUUGACGAUUCUCUGCCAAUGUUUGUCUGCCGUGACGUAUCUCCACGCCAGGAAACCGCCGAUAGUACACAGAGACCUCAAGCCUGAUAAUAUCCUCGUCCAAUACCGAUCGGAUGGCGACAUCUUCGUCAAACUUGGCGAUUUCGGUCUGUCCAAAGACCAGUCUCAACUUUCGACGAUUUGCGGCACCUUUCUUUAUGUCGCACCAGAAAUCCAGCCAAACGCCCAAGGCGAGCGAACUGGUUACUCCGCAGUCGUCGACGUGUGGUCCCUCGGCGUCGUCGCGUACGAGCUGAUUUGUGGUCUUCCACGAUACAGAGACGAGGACAAACGGGACAGUGAUGUCUGGCUCAGCAGAAUUCUUGAAAGAUUCGGGGAUGACUGCAAGAAGCACCCAGACAAACUCAGACAUUUCAUUCUAGAGGCUAUGGUGGUUAUGUCACCGAAACUUCGACAUUCGGCUGCUGAUUGCUACAGGGAAGUCGCUGCUCUCCCCUUCGCUGAGCAAGGCAAAACCUUUACGUCAAACAUGAUUUCCUUUACCGGGGACGAACGGGAUUACUCAACAAUACGCGGCAACGAAGGCUGUCCUGACAACCAAGCAAGCGACACAGUCAGACCCGAAUCCUCCCCACUUGGUUCAAUGACGGCGCAGACUUAUUCGCCUUUCCUCGAUCGAUCAGGAGCUCCGGCUCCGGAAUGCCACGUGCAGGCGCCAGCGGGGCACGAGAUGACUUACACCAACCAACACUUUAAAGACUCGCUCAAUUCGAUCCUCUACGGGUCGUCCCUCGCAUCGUGGUACAGGGGACAGGGGCUGGUACCUCCACAUACGGAGAACUCUCAGGGCUGGAGCACUUGGGAUGGCGGCGGACCGACAGACAUAAGCACAGACGAUGAAACACGGCAGGCGGCGCUGCUACUUCAAACCCUUGGCGAUGCCCAUGAAAGAACGUGAGCGAGAAUUUGGUCAUCAGGUCGGGACGCGUUCAGACCUUCUUGUUGUCAUGACUUGGACCGGCCGCCUUUUGUGAUGGGGUCUCUAAGGCGUCAGUGUUUGGUGUCUCAAGUGGUUCAAGGCGCUUCACUAAAUUCGUUUUUGGGUUAGCAACUGAAGUUCACAUCUCUACGCAUGCUCAAGGUCCUAUUCUGGGACUCUAUAUGUAGCCAAUAUGGUUGUGAAAGUAUGAGAAAUAAGGAGCGCUUCGCGGCCUGAAAAGAGCGAAUU